UCUGCUGUGGGGCUGGUUCAGUGCAACAGUCUCUCUGCAUCUGCGCUACCCUCUGACUGUUCCACUCCGCGGUCUGUGAAGCACUAAUCAUGGGACAGCAGGGGAAAGGAUGGCUGUUCUACGCGACCCUUCUUCUGGGGUGGGCAGUGUCUGUGCAUGGUCUGACCCGGGCAGAGUUCUUCCCGUUCGGCAAAACCACUGGAGACCACGUUCUGGAGCAGGGGAAUGACCUGUCGCAACAACUAGCGCUGGAUAAACCCGUUUUAUUCUACGAUGGAAAGUUCGAUAACAUCUUUAUCAACACCAAUGGGUUCGUUGCCAUGGCAGAGCCCAGUGCUGAGUCCACAUACCUUGGUAAGAUGCCCGCCGGGUUCGGCAUGAUCGCGGCCCUGCACGGUGACCUGGAUACUGGUGACGGCGUGGGUAAGGUGUACUACCGUCAGGAUGCCAGCCCAGCCACCCUGCGGCAGGCUGCAGAGCAGAUUAACAGGGCUUUUCCAGAGGACGAUGAGGUGGAGCCGGAACACGCGGUGGUCGUCACCUGGGUCGAUGUGGCUUCCAGGCAACACCAUGACCACAGCAGAGGAGACGGACUGGAGAAACAGAGGAAUAGCUUCCAGCUGGUGAUAGCAUCAGCUGAGACGACCUCCUAUGCCAUCCUGCUCUACCCCAGGAAGGGGAUGCAGUUUGCCUCCACAGCUGUAGGAGGCAGUAGUCAGGCCAUGCAGGCGGGCUUCAGUAAAGGGCUGGUCAAGUACCUGGUGUUCAGCACCCGACAGGGACCGUACUACCGCAUCACCACCGAGAGGGAGACCUCUGUCAGGGCGCUAGCAGAGUAAACCAACUCAGGUAAGCGAGGUGUGUGGGUGUACGAGAUUAGGACUUCCCCUUACUUCACCAGCGUGGCCCCAGGAGAGGUGACAGACCUGCCCCCAGAGUCAAGGGUCUCAGAGGAGGCUACCUCAAAGAGGUAUCCUGGAGGAGGACAACAAGUGACGUAUCCUCCCUACGAACCGGAGGAGGAGGUGUAUCGCAAGGAGCAGCCUCACCAGGGACCUCACCACGGGGGCCAGUUCACAGUCCACACGGUCCAGUACCAGCCUCAGGUGGUGGUAGUAGAUGAUGGAGACAUCAAUGUGGAUGUGUUCUCCUACAACUCUGAGACAUGUGCCAACAACAGAAAUAAGUGUUCCACCUUCGCCGACUGUAAAGAUUACGCCAGCGGUUACUGUUGUCACUGCCGGCCCGGCUACUACGGCAACGGAAUACAGUGUGUGUCGGAGGGUAAGCCCCAGAGGAUGAACGGCAAGGUGAAUGGCAGGGUGUACGUGGGCAACUCUCCGUCUCCCGUCGAGUUCAACAGCAACGACCUGCACUCGUACGUGGUAGCCAAUGACGGGCGAGCAUACGUGGCCAUCAGCACCAUCCCUGCCAGGCUAGGCCCCUCCCUCCAGCCCUGUCAGCCCUGGGAGCAGUCAUCGGAUGGGCCUUCGCCCUGGAGCAGCCUGGAUACAGAACGGAUUCAGCAUCAUCGAGCAGAGAGUGUUAGAGACGGAGGACAAGAUGACCAAUGUGGUGAGUUUACGUGUCAGGCUGAGGUGACCUUCCUACCAGCCCAGGAGAAGCUGACCAUCAAACAGGUGUUCAGUGGGAUAGAUGAGCAUGAUCACCUGGUGGUCAGUACCACUCUGGAGGGACGUGUCCCCGAAAUCCUCAGAGGAUCCACUGUCCAGAUAGAACCCUACUCUGAGAUCUACCAGUACAGCUCAAACCUGAUCACGUCUUCCUCUACAAGGGACUACACUGUGAGUCUGGAUGAUGGCUCUGCUGAGACCAGGACUUACCAGUGGAGACAGACCAUCACCUUCCAGAGCUGUCCAAAUGACGAGGCUGCAAGGGCCGUGCUGCCCACACAGAUGCUGAGUGUGGACCAGGUGUUUGUGAUAUCAACACCAAUGGGUUUGUUGCCAUGGCGAGCCAGUGCUGAGGCCCGCCGGGUUCGGCAUGAGCUGACCCUGCAGAUGGAUAACGCGUGGAGCGAACACGCGGUGGUGGUCACCUGGGUCGAUGUGGCUUCCAGGCAACACCAUGACCACAGCAGAGGAGACGGACUGGAGAAACAGAGGAAUAGCUUCCAGCUGGUGAUAGCAUCAGCUGAGACGACCUCCUAUGCCAUCCUGCUCUACCCCAGGAAGGGGAUGCAGUUUGCCUCCACAGCUGUAGGAGGCAGUAGUCAGGCCAUGCAGGCGGGCUUCAGUAAAGGGCUGGUCAAGUACCUGGUGUUCAGCACCCGACAGGGACCGUACUACCGCAUCACCACCGAGAGGAGACCUCUAACUACAGAGAUAAUACUGCAGGAUAAGGCCAUUCCUUUUGGCAGUUCCUCUCGUGAUCACUCCUCCUGCUUUAUCCAGGAGACCAACUCAGGUAAGCGAGGUGUGUGGGUGUACGAGAUUGGGACUUCCCCUUACUUCACCAGCGUGGCCCCAGGAGAGGUGACAGACCUGCCCCCAGAGUCAAGGGUCUCAGAGGAGGCUACCUCAAAGAGGUAUCCUGGAGGAGGACAACAAGUGACGUAUCCUCCCUACGAACCGGAGGAGGAGGUGUAUCGCAAGGAGCAGCCUCACCAGGGACCUCACCACGGGGGCCAGUUCACAGUCCACACGGUCCAGUACCAGCCUCAGGUGGUGGUAGUAGAUGAUGGAGACAUCAAUGUGGAUGUGUUCUCCUACAACUCUGAGACAUGUGCCAACAACAGAAAUAAGUGUUCCACCUUCGCCGACUGUAAAGAUUACGCCAGCGGUUACUGUUGUCACUGCCGGCCCGGCUACUACGGCAACGGAAUACAGUGUGUGUCGGAGGGUAAGCCCCAGAGGAUGAACGGCAAGGUGAAUGGCAGGGUGUACGUGGGCAACUCUCCGUCUCCCGUCGAGUUCAACAGCAACGACCUGCACUCGUACGUGGUAGCCAAUGACGGGCGAGCAUACGUGGCCAUCAGCACCAUCCCUGCCAGGCUAGGCCCCUCCCUCCAGCCCCUGUCAGCCCUGGGAGCAGUCAUCGGAUGGGCCUUCGCCCUGGAGCAGCCUGGAUACAAGAACGGAUUCAGCAUCAUCGGUGGUGAGUUUACGUGUCAGGCUGAGGUGACCUUCCUACCAGCCCAGGAGAAGCUGACCAUCAAACAGGUGUUCAGUGGGAUAGAUGAGCAUGAUCACCUGGUGGUCAGUACCACUCUGGAGGGACGUGUCCCCCGAAAUCCUCAGGGAUCCACUGUCCAGAUAGAACCCUACUCUGAGAUCUACCAGUACAGCUCAAACCUGAUCACGUCUUCCUCUACAAGGGACUACACUGUGAGUCUGGAUGAUGGCUCUGCUGAGACCAGGACUUACCAGUGGAGACAGACCAUCACCUUCCAGAGCUGUCCAAAUGACGAGGCUGCAAGGGCCGUGCUGCCCACACAGAUGCUGAGUGUGGACCAGGUGUUUGUGAUGUACGACUCCAACAACGAGCUGAUCCGAUACGCCAUGAGCAACAAAAUCGGCGAUGUCAACGGAGGCCAGCAGAAAGAGGAGAAUGCUGUAUUUAAACUGGGAGACACGGCUGUGUUUCUGUCCAGGAGGCCAGCAGGAACACAGAAUGCUUGUGCUGCUGGCUUCACUGGAGACGGGCGCUCUUGUUACGAUAUUGAUGAGUGUAGAGAGAUCCCUCUGGCCUGUGGAGAACACUCAGUCUGCAACAACCAGCCCGGAACCUUCCGCUGUGAGUGCAAUGAUGGAUACCAGUUCGCCAGUGACGGGCACACCUGCAUAGGAGUGGACCGUCCAGUAGACCACUGCGCGGCCGGCAGCCAUGACUGUGACAUCACGGAGCGCGCUCACUGCAGCUACAGUGGAGGAUCCUCUUAUAUCUGCUCCUGUUUGCCUGGGUUUCAGGGACACGGACGGGUCUGCCAAGAUAUCGAUGAGUGCCAGUCUGCCAGGUGCCACCAGAAGGCUGUGUGUUAUAACACCCAGGGGUCCUUUACCUGCCAGUGCAGGCCAGGUUACUACGGUGACGGCUUCUACUGCUCCUCAGAGCGUACGAAGUCGCAGUGUGAGACCCACAGGGACCGUCUCCUAGGCUCUUCAGAGUACGGGCCCCAGCCGGUGCCUGGUCAGUACGUGCCUACCUGUGACGGCCAGGGAGCCUAUGAGGCCUCCCAGUGCCACGGCUCCAUCGGACAUUGUUGGUGUGUUGACCGUAACGGACUGGAGAUCCCAGGAACACGCACUGGGCCCGGCAGAGGCAGACCACUGUGUAUAGAACAAGGACCAACAGUUCGUCCCGCAGUAGGCCCUACUCCCAGGCCAGAUGUUUCCCCUCUACCUCCCGGCACACACCUGCUCUUUGCUCAGAGUGGACGCAUCGAGUUUGUCCCGUUGGAGGGCUACAACAUGAAGAAGACAGAGGCAAAGACUGUCCUGCAUCUACCGGAGAAGGUGAUCAUCGGGGUGGCCUAUGACUGUGUGGAGAAGAUGGUGUACUGGACAGACAUCACAUCCCCCUCUAUCAGCAAGGCCAACCUGCAGGGAGGAGGAGCCAUCCCUGUCAUCAGAUCAGAUCUGGAGAGUCCAGAAGGGAUCGCUAUAGACCAUCUGGGUCGUACCCUGUUCUGGACAGAUUCUAUGAAGGACCGCAUCGAGGUGGCCUCUCUGGAUGGGACCAAGCGACGUGUCCUCAUCGACACAAACUUGGUCAACCCCCGAGCCAUCAUCGUUGACCCUGUCAAUGGCAACAUGUACUGGGCAGACUGGAACCGUGAUGCUCCUAAAAUCGAGACUUCUGCCAUGGAUGGGACCAACAGGAGAGUUCUGGUGAAGGAUGACCUGGGGCUACCUAACGGACUCACGUACGACCCGCAGAGCUCUCAGCUGUGCUGGGCUGAUGCAGGAACCCACAUGAUCGAGUGUAUGAACCCAGUGCAGGGAGACAGGAGGAAGGCCAUGGGGGCGAUCCAGUACCCAUUUGGAAUCACCUCCCAUGGGAAGAACAUCUACUACACUGACUGGAGGAGGGAUGCAGUGAUCAUGGUGGAUCGUCAAGCUGGGACUGAAACGGACGUGUUCCUGCCUCAGAAACAGACCAGGCUGUACGGAAUCACCACGGCAUACGCUCAGUGCCCCUCAGGUAAAAACUACUGUGCCGUGAACAACGGAGGAUGCACACAUCUAUGUUUGGCCACACCCAGAGGUCGCUCCUGUCUGUGUCCCAACAAUGCACUGGGCGUCAGCUGUGUGGAGAGCGAGGGGGGCAGGUUUUGAAGAGGAGAAGGGGG